UCGCCGCCAGAGGUCUCUCCUUUCCACCCUCCAAGAUGCCGAACCGACUGCCAAGCGUUAGCGUCAAGGACGUCAACCAGCAACACUUCACCAGGGCUUUUGCCAACUUCCUGAAGAAGUCUGGCAAGGUGAAGGUUCCAGAAUGGUCUGAUCUUGUAAAGACUGCCAGCUUCAAGGAGCUUGCCCCAUUCGAUGAUGACUGGUUUUACACCAGGGUGGCUGCCCUUGCCAGACACAUUUACAUGCGCUCUCCCGUUGGAGUUGGUGGCGUAAAGAAAAUCUUUGGAGGCCGCGUGAACCGUGGUAGCGCCCCCUCCCACUACGUCAGGAGCUCUGGAUCUAUUGCCCGCAAGGCCCUCCAGACCCUCGAGUCUCUGAAGCUUGUAGAGAAGGGUCCCAAUGGUGGACGUCGCCUGACCUCCCAGGGACACAGGGAUCUGGAUCGUAUCGCUUCCCAGAUUAGAGUUAGGGUCAAGUCCACCAAGUUCACCAAACCCAAACCCAAGGUUGUAGUCAAGAAACCUAAGGCCAAGACCGGUGGCAAGACUGAAUAAACAUUUGUUGACUUCAAAA